AUGCAGCUCGCCACUGCGCAGCGGCCGCUGCGCUGCGUGGCCUCUGGCGGCCUGCAUUCCAGAAAUCCAGGUGGCCAGCCCAAGCAGGCCCCCGUGUGGCUGCCCAAGUGCUCUGGGGACAAGCAGAAGCUGCUUCUACUUGGCCCGCUGUCGGGACUGGCCGCAUCUGCACAGUUUGGUCUGCUGCCGCGAGAGCAGCAGCCCGCGGCGGUGGCGGACCCAGAGGCGUGCCCCAAGAAGCUGGCGCAGCACACGUGGGACAUGCUUCUGGCGGGCCUGUCCAUCCUGCUCGUCCUCACCUGCUGCCCGCUGGGCCUGCUGUUUGCGGCGCUGCUGUCGCUGAGCAGCCUGCUGCUGGACGCGCUGUGCCAGGUGGUGGUGACCUGCCAGCUGGACCCGCUGUACACACUGUUUGGGCCCCUCACCUUUGGCGUCAUGCGCUGGGUGCGGUCGGGCGCGGUGCGGCACGCCGUGGGCAACGUGCACGGCACCGCCAAGCGCUUCCGCCGCCUCGCCCGCGCCGUCCUGCGCACCCUGCAACAGCGCGGCCUGCAGGGGCUGGCGCCCCGCCCUCAGUGA